AUGAAGGCAAAGACCCAAGAGCGGCGCACAGGCGCCUCGCGCAGCCCCUCGGCUGAAGACAAAGGCAAAGUCCUCUCCGAGAACAUUCGACGCCUGCGGUUUAUGCAAGGCAAAAACGCGUCGGGCCAGAACGCGUCGGGGACUCAAGGCGCGCCGUCUCAACGCCUCUUUCACCAGCAUCAGCUGCGCCUACUCCAGCAGCAGCAGAAACAGCUUUACCAGCUGCAAAAGUCACAAGAGAGCGGAAACAAAGACAAACGGGAAGGCGCGUCCCCCGCCGCCGAGCCGCGUACGGACCCAAACGCUCCCGCCUCGGAUUCGGCCUCCUCAGCGGCGUCUUCCUCAGCUUCUUCCGCAGCUGUUGCGCGGCAGCGAGAAGAGGAGAAGCGACGGCAAAUCGAGCAAGUGAACGAACUGAGGAAGCACUGGUACGCUCCGGGGUGGGAAUGUGCGGAAGACAUCUAUGAGCUCCAGCAGGAAGAGGACAUGGAGAUGCAACUGCACAUCGGCCAUCCUUCUGUCGAAGCCAAACGGCAAGCUGCCGCCCUGGUGGUCAGCAGGCGAGCGUACGGCGGAGUGAAUCCCUUUGUGGAGGCGAACAUGCGGCGAAUCGAGAAGAAGGCUCUCCAUCUCGAGAGACGCCAGGAAGAAGAGAAAGAAGCCAAACGGUGGCAAGCCGUCCACUGCGGAAGACAGAACAUCCCUCUCUGA